GCAGCCUGCAAGUGGAAUUUACAUGGUUAAGAAGCUCUCAUACAACGGCCUCGGCCUAUCGAUCCAGCCUGUCCAGAUCCCUCUGUUUGUUUACCAACAAAACCGAACAAACACACCCAAACUAGCGGUUUCACUUGCACUUCAUGGGGAUAAUAGUUCGCUAGGAGCUGGCUGAAGAACGCAGGUUACUGAUUACGGUGACAAAAAGCGCUCGGGGGCUGACGGUACCACACCGCCCGCCCGUCCCCGUGAGCCGCGGGGCUGAGCCGGGCGGGGCGGUGAGCCGGGCGGGGCCGGGCCGCCAUGCGCCGCGCCGUGGUGGAGUACCGGGGCUGGAAGGAGGGCUACCGCUGCGGCUACUGCGCCUCGGCGCAUGGGAAGGUCUCCGCCGGUAUGUGGGCACAUUCAAUGACAGUUCAAGAUUACCAGGACCUCAUAGAUAGAGGAUGGCGAAGAAGUGGAAAGUAUGUCUACAAACCUAUCAUGAAUCAAACGUGUUGUCCUCAAUAUACAAUAAGAUGCCAGGCACUGCGUUUUCAGAGCUCCAAAUCUCACAAGAAAGUUCUGAAGAAAAUGUUGAAAUUUAUUUCUAAAGGAGAUGUUUCAAAAGCGGUGAGUGAAGAAGAGCCUAUGGAUUCCCAUGUAGAGGAUGCAGUCUCAUGCGAUUUUGCACAUAGAAGUGAAUCUCACGUCAGUGAGGCUGAACUGACUCCAUUAAAUGAGGAUCACACAGACAGAGAGGAGAAAGAAGAUGAGGACAAAGGAGAAGCAAAAGAAGAGGUGAAUGUGAAGAAGACAGAGCUGGGUUCUCUUCAGAUAUGUGGAGAUAAAGGUGCAGCAGUCCCUGGAGAACCAUCACCUUCUACAAAAACUGUUCAUGCACCACCCAAGCCAGGCAAGGGGGCUGAUCUGAGCAAGCCACCGUGUCGAAAAGCAAAGGACAUACGGAAAGAAAGAAAACUGCAGAAACUCCUUCAGAACCAGAGGUGCGCGCUUGAAGGCUCUCCACUUCAAGCAGAACAUCAAGCUUUACUCUUGCAAAACUCAAAGUCUGCAACAAACCAACCGAAAAGUAUUGAAGACUUCAUUUUUGUCCCUCCACCUGAUGAUGCGCUGCACAAAUUGGAGGUGAGGGUUGUGAGAUCAUCUCCGCCAAGUUCACAGUUCAAAGCCACAUUUCAGGAGUCUUACCAGGUCUAUAAACGUUACCAGAUGGUUAUUCACAAGGACCCACCUGAUAAACCAACUAUAAAUCAGUUCACACGAUUCCUCUGUGAUUCUCCUCUUGAGGCAGAGAAUCCACCAAAUGGACCAGAAUGUGGCUACGGUUCUUUUCACCAGCAGUACUGGCUGGAUGGGAAGAUAAUAGCUGUGGGUGUCAUUGAUAUCCUGCCCUACUGCGUGUCCUCUGUCUAUCUGUACUACGAUCCAGACUAUUCCUUCUUAUCUUUGGGAGUCUACUCUGCAUUACGGGAAAUUGCUUUUACUAGGCAACUUCACGAGAAAGCUCCCGAUCUCUGUUUUUAUUAUAUGGGUUUCUACAUUCAUUCGUGCCCCAAAAUGCGAUACAAGGGUCAGUACAGACCUUCUGACUUGUUGUGUCCGGAGACGUACGUCUGGACGCCUAUUGAACAAUGUCUCCCACUGCUUGAGCUUUCCAAAUACUCUCGUUUCAACCAGGAUGCAAAAGCAGUUGAUGAAGAUCGUAUUAAGGAACUGGGCAGAGUGAGAGUACUUCACAAGAGAACCAUAAUGCCUUACAGUGUGUAUAAGAGGAGGAGGAAGGGGCCGAGCGAUGAAGCCAGCGUUCAGCAAUAUGCAAGUUUGGUUGGACAGACGUGUUCAGAAAGAAUGUUGUUGUUUAGAAGCUGAGAAACCAUCAAAUGACGCUUUGAUGGCACAACCAUCAUUUAUUGCACUGCCACUGGAUGAUGUAAAGUAGUUGUGUGUUGGUAUGCCUACUAAAGUAACAGUAUGAAGUACAGGUAUGUAACUAGGCUUGUGUGAAUACAUGGAACUGUGUUUUAAGGACAACUCCAAUGAAACUUUUUGACAGUACAGCAAGGCUUUAGCAAUAUAAGCUUAGAAAAACGUGCUUGCAGUACAUUUUAAUUAAGUAGUUCUUGCCUUUCUUUGAAUAAUCCUAAGUAUCUAAGCAAAAUGAAAAACAGGUGUUUUUUUCUACAGACAAAGGUUGGCUAAAUCUCUGUUAAUGGUAAUUAAAUGACAAGUGUUUUCAAAUAGCAGCUUGGCUAUCUGUUAUAUGAAAUUGCCAUUAAAUUUGUACUCACAUUUAUAUGCUCCUAAACUAUUGCAAGAGAAUUGAAACGUGCCGUUACUUUCCAAUUGGAAACCUGGCGUGGUUCAAUUAUACUUCAACAGUGUAUUUAAAAACAGGAAGAAAUUAUUUUCCCUGCACACUCUUCAUUUGUUUAAUAUAGCAGGUUAGCAUCUGAGAUCCUGCUGAAUAUGGAAUCGUAGUUGAUUCUCAGUGGCAGGAGAUGCAGCGCUUUGGAAGACUUUCCCUUUCAGAGACAAAGCGGAGUAGUUGCACUAUAAGCUUACCAAAGAGAUGCAGGCAAGUGUCACGGAGCUCUGUGAGGUUUUCUGUUGUUUGUUUGUUUUGGUAUAAGCCUUAUCCUUUAUCUAAAAAGAGUGGAUGUUUUAACGCACAUCACUGAUGUGAAAUAGUUUGGGAUGUUCAGCCCGUAGCUCUUCAGUGCACGCUUCAGAACUAUGCUAAAAAGGAUACGAGGUACCACUGCUGGUUGGUGUUGCAAUUUCUUCAGCAGAGUUGUAUAGGGAGACUUGCAGAUCCCAUCCAUGGGUCUUUGUGACUGUUCUGCUCAUGCCGCAGUGGCCCACGGGUUAUUAUUAACAUCUUCAACAUUUUACUGAAUGUUUCUGUCGGAAACAGAAAGUUGUGAUGCGUUAUCAAAGCACUUUAUUACUGAUAUACUAAUGCUGUCAUUAGUAAACUGCAUCCAUAUCAAGUCGUACAAGGGAAAUAAUAUGGUUUUACAUUCUGCAGAGUGUUGCAACACUCUAACAAUCCCAAUGUGUUUGUCAUUUGCUUAUCUUCUUGGGUGACAGGAGCUACUAUUUACCUUGAAUCAACCUGAAGCUUCCUGUUAACCUUUGGAGAAGGAGAUUCUUAUUCAAGAUUUUACGUGUACACGUUUCCUUUUCCCUAGGAAGAAAUCAAAUCCAACUUUUAUCUCUGAAGGUUCCGUCUUGUGUCAGUCGUGGGCUUGAUUUAAUUUUAAACCCUUGGCCAGUAUCAUUAAUCAUGGAUUUUUACAUGAAACAGACACAAGAGUGUUGAGAUUCAAGUGCGCUGGGGAUUUACUUAUUUUUUCCCAUGUCAGUUUGGUCACUGCAGUAUUACAGGUGAUGAGUGCAGGUUCAUCGGUAACUUUAAAAAGUGUGGUUGUGCUUUGUUAAUUGCUGUGUAUUGUAUCCAUCUACUGCCACUUUGCAACAAAACUGGUUAUUUCUGCCAGCCUCGUACCUGGACGUGUGUGUCUGGUUAUCUGGGCAAGGUUUUUGUGUGAUCUGUGUCUGGCCACGUCUCAUCUAAACCCGCUGCCGUGGGAGAACCACUGUUCAUGGCCAUUAUGAUAAGGAGUCGUUUACUGUGGGGAAAACGCCUCUUAGCGCUCAGUGAAAUGUUGGAAUAGCGUGACAUUGUCUGCCUGUUCCAUGUGUUGAAACGUGGUGAUGCCCACAGAGCUUGAAAACAAAACGAACGGGAAAACCUUUUUGUGUGAUAUAAAAUCAGUUAAAAGGCACACACACAAAAAAUCCAGUCUGGCUUUCAAAAUCUGAAAGGUAAGAAAAACCAUUUACUGAAGGCCUUGCUGAACCUGGUGGAUAAAGUUCCUGUUCAAUUACAAGGGAGCAGACUUACGUUAACACCCAGAGCUUGGAAGAGCUGUCCUCUGUGCCCUGUAUUUAUUGUUGAUUUGCCUUCCACGUAUGUAAUAGACCUUUUAUUUCUUCUGAUCCUCCUUUCUCAUUGGGAGCUUUUAAGGACUACAGUUAAAGAAAAGCGUGAGAACUGAGUGCAACUUGAAGUUGUCACUGGUGUGACAACAAAAUGUAAAUGACCAUUUCCUGUGAGUUCCAAAAUGGUGCUUUCACUUUCUGACCUCCACUGAAACUGCAGCAGGAUGGGGUUUUGAUUCUUAUUGAAAUAAAAUGAAAAAAGAAUAGAGACAAAAUUGAGAUGAACUCAGAAAUUGAGCUCAUCUGAUCCAGCGUGCUGGUACCUGACGAGCUUUGUUGGUGUUAUUUAGAAGGAACUUGGUGCUGUAUUUUCCAGAGCUAUUUUAGAAGUGGAAUGGAGUCCUGAAGGUAAAGCUCUCUAAGCUUUGGCAUAGAUUUCAGUGGAGCUGAAAAUUCACCACUACUUUAAUUUUAUUUAAUGAGAUUUCACUGAGAAUUAUUAAAGAUAUUUAAUUUAGUAUAAAAUACUUUAUAAGCAUUUUUUUAGUGUAAUUAGUUUGUGAGAGUUAAUCCCUCAAGGUUGCCUUGUUCUGUUAUCUAUUGCUAAAUGAGCAUAAAAUGGUAAGAAAAUGCAGAGCUGUGACCAAUGCUAAAAAAUAUCAUGCUUUGUUUUAAUUGGAAAUAAGUGGGGAGCUUAUGCAUUUCCAGCAUCAACACAUUUCAGUGAAUGCAAAAGAACUCGCAUGUUGAGUUUGUAAUUGCUUUUCAGCAGGCCUGUUUGACUUGUAAGUAGAGAAAAUAAAGCUAUUUCUAGUCUCUGUGAAUUAUUAUAAA